AUGGCUAAAUUCGCAUUUAAAAACCUUGAAGAACUUAAGGGCAUUGUUCAAAUGAUUGAAAAAACAAAUGCUGACUAUAUUCCUUUUAUAUUAGAUCAUGAUUCGUUAAAGAUACAAAUGAUUAAUAGUUCAACCACAGUAUAUUUCUCAGUUGAACUCAAAGAGGAUUUAUUUCACUACUUAUCAUGUGAAGAAAGAAUUCAAUUUAGUGUUCCAAGUCAGUUCUUCUGUAAUUAUAUUUUAAAAACAUGUCAAAUUUCUUCUGAAUUAACUGUUGAAUUAAAAAAGAAGAAAAUAUUAUUUACUACUUACAAAAAAGGUUCUCCAUUUACUUCAAGUAUUCCAUUGGUAUUAUGUAAAAGUACAAUUGAAUUUCAACAACCAAAGAAAAAAGGAGAUGCUCGUAUAACAAUGAAAACAAGUGAAUUAAUUAAAUCAGUCAGAGUAGUUGCUGGAAUGGACCAACCACAAAUUUCAUUUAAAAUACACAAAAAUGGUAAAUAUGAAAUUAUUGGUUCUGGUAAUAGUAUUUAUCAAGACUCAAUUCAGUGUUUCAAUGAGGACGGUGUUUUGACUUCUAUCAAUUUAAAAGAAACAUUUAAUACUUCAGCCCUUCUUAGUUUUAUUUGUGUGUCACCUCCAUUAGACUAUAUAACAAUUCUAUUCUAUAAAUCAGGUCCUACUUAUUUUCAAUAUCAUAAUGCUCUUCUUGAUAUAGUUAUUGUGAUAUCUAAAAUGCGUGAUUAA